AUGGCUACAGAGAGAUAUGAAAAGGAAGAGUUUUGGAACAUGGAACAGAAGCAAAGGGCUCAAGUUGCCAAGGGGUUGGAGUUAAGGGUGGAUGUGGAUGGAGGCUCUAUUAAGAAGGACUUGGAGAAACAGGCAGAGGAGUUUGGACUUUAUUUCCUGGUUUAUAGAACACUCUUUGCUCUUUAUGUUGAAAAACUGUUAAUUAUUACUGGCUGUUGGCCACUUUUUCAUCUCCGAGACGAGAACGGUCCAGAGGAAAAACAAAGUGUGGAAGAAAUGGAAGGGCAGAGCCAAGAAGCAGAUGGUGUCAACGCUCCUACUAUGCCCAGCCCUGCUUCAGAAGAGGCAGUUGAAGUCUGUAAAGAUGAAGAUUCUGCAAAGGAUGACAAUAUUACAAAAGACAAUGAAGUAAUAGAUCAUUCUGUGUGUGACCAAGAUCAACCCAAUGGACAAGAGAAUGAUUCAACAAAGAAUGACAUAAAAAUUGAGGCAGAGUUCCAGAGCUCGUGUAUGGAAACGGAAGAGCUUUCAUCAGACCAAGAAGAUGCCACGACUGUGGAGCAACCAGAAGUGAUUCCACUAACAGAUGACCAAGAAGAAAAAGAAGGUGAAAAAGUUCAGGCUCAUGACACCGUGUUCCUGGCAAGUCAAGUAAAUGGUACCUUUGGAGUAUUUUAUGUCUGA